AUGCUCUAUGACAAGGUCCAGGGAUUCUUUGAGGUCCUUCACGAGGUCUUGGGUGGGAAUGCCUCGCGCUACUGCCAAUUCCACGCGGAGAUUUACAUCCCGGAGUGCAUCGAGAUUGCCGUGUGCUUGGUCCAGCGUGAUGUUCCGAAGUACAUGAAUAUGGAAGCGCACGCUUCCAUUCUGGAGCAGGUGACGCGCUUCAAUACGAUCGUCUGGGAGGCCAUCAAGUAUGGUCUCGGGUCGGAGGAUCCAACCGAGAUCGGCGCAGACUUGGACAUUCCAAGAGAGUUCGUGUGCGACGAGAAUGAUCAUUCCCACGAUCAUCCUGCCUCAUUGCUCCAGAGCGAUGCGUCGCAGACCCUGGUCGUGUCUUCGGCCAUGCACCACGCCGCCGGCUCCACACACCAGAUCCUUGCGGAGCACACUGCGAAUGCCUCGCUGGACAGCACGGUGAAUCGACUGCAGGAGGCUUGGCAUCCUGUCUGCAACGUGCUGGGCUGCGACCACACCAACUUUCUGGACAUCCAGCCGGCAUCGCACACUCCGUCGCGCUAA